CAAACUCCCAGGCAGCAAUACGUAUCAAAUAAAGCCCAUCCCCAGCAUCUAGACUCCCAUCUCCGCAUCCACUAGCCAAAUCCACGUGAGACCCGAAUCAAGUUCCUUAGCAGUGUGACGCCAUAUCAACUCAGGAACCACCAGAGACGGGAAGAUCGAAAAGAGAUGAUUGGAGGUGAACAAGAGUGAGGUCAUGCGCCACAGUUCAGGAAUCGAUAUGGCUUGGCAGUGGGGAAGCAUAAAGUGCGCGCCACAGCCCUUCCUCGUGCUUGUUUACCUACUUUGUUGAAGAAUCCCAUAUCUGAAUUGGAUUGCCAUCUCUGAAAUCGAUCGGAUUUAGAAGGCACGUACUGUACGUCAUUAUUGCCGAACUAAAUUCUCGGAAAGAAACACGACAACAAACACACAAAACGCACAAAUCUACCUACAAACUCGAACAGAUCAACCACAAAAGCCGCAAAUAUGCCUUCCCUCCUAGACUCGAUCGGAAACUUCAUCUCCUCCAUCUUCAACGCCAUCAUGGCCGUCUUCUCCUCCAUCAUCGCUGUCUUCCAAUCGAUCCUCAACACCAUCCUCGGCGUCAUCCAAAGCACGUUCUCUGCCAUGGGCACCAUGAUCUCCGGACUCGCGCAGACCUUUGAAGGCCUGGUCAAGUUCUUGUUGAGUAAGUUUAACAUACCUUCUGAAGGUGAAGAGGCUAAUGAGGGGUCGAUAGGCAAUAUCUUGGUCAUUGGCGUGGUUGUUGGUGGAUUGUUCUUGUAUGGUGUUUAUCAGCAGAAGAAUGGAAGACCUGUUACUGCUGCGCCGGCGAAGAAGACAUCCUAAAGAGAAAGGUGUGGUGAUGCGGAUGGGAAAAGGGGUGGAAGCGAGAGUGGCGAUAAUGGACGAACGAAUCAAGGGAUUGCGAAUUGGGAAUUCUUGCUUGUAUGGAAUGGGAGGAUGCGAAUGGUUGCUUAGAUAGAUACCAAAAUGCAAGCAAGUCAUGAUAGU